AUGCUAUCCAAGUGGUCAUCCAAAUCUCCAAAGCAAAAAGCCGUUCAAAUUCGAAAUAACCAGCGAAGGCAUCGGGCCAAAGUCAAGGCUCGUAUCUCGACUCUAGAAAUUGAAUUGGCGGAGUCCCAGAAGCGGCUGGAUGCUGCCGAGCAUCGCAUUGCGGUACUUACGGCUGAAGUGAACCGUUUACGGGAGCCUACUGCUACGAGAGUCUCAUCGAUGGAGUAUUCUUUUAACUCUCUCACGCCUCAUACUGUUUUGCAGCCACCUUAUCGCUGCAUUUCGAACAGCCAGACAGAAUUAGGCAACUCCUUAUACUAUAAACCGAAUGUCAUGAUCGAUCUACCGUUUACUCUUCCAGGGAUAAACCUUGAGAACAGUAUAGGGUCGGAUGACCCAACGCUUGCUAUAGCUUUUGUAGCGCAACAUGAUUGUCAAACUCUCCCACUGCCGCAGCCUGGCGAAUCUACAACAACUUGCGUUGCUGCAUAUGGUAUCAUUGCGCAGCAAAACUUCAAGAGUGUCGAUAUGGAAUUUAUUCAUCAGUGGCUCCAGUCAGGGUAUAGAAGAGCAACGAGACCUGAAGAUGAAUGCACAGUUGUAAAUAGCAAUCUCUAUAGUCUCCUCAGCUUUCUCAGCCCGGUCUAG